AAAGGGGUAUGUAUUGCAUUUCCCAGAUUCUGAUUAUUCCUGAUAUGCAAAAGCAAAACGUGUAAUCAGAUUUUGAGUUACACUUUUAGCACCUGAAGAAGAAGCCCAUUUAUAUCCCUUGGAAAUCACUGCUCCCUCCAUUGUCUUUGUGUACAAGACAAACCAAUAUCCCAGCUCUAUCUUUUCUUGACGUCUAGCGUCUCCUGUCCUUUUUACUGUAAUAAAAUUAAGUCUUUCUUGUAGCGGGAAUUUCUUUCAACUUUGCUUUCUCAAGAUUUUGAUUUUCUUGAUUUGGGUUUUGCUGCAAUUUUCGAUUUUUGGCUUCUUUUCUUUUCACCUGAAUUCAGAUCUUUAUAGAGUGACAAGAAUUUGUUUCCACCCUGUCUGCUGCCAGAGAGAGUGGCAUGCCUUUAAGGAUGUCAGAAACAAGUGUUUUAGCCCUGAGAGAAGCACUUGCUUCUCAACAACAACUUCUUCAGAAGCUUUACAAUGAGUUAGAUAAGGAAAGAGAAGCUUCUUCUACUGCAGCAAGUGAAGCAUUGUCAAUGAUCUUGCGUCUUCAAGGAGAAAAGGCUGCGGUCAAGAUGGAAGCGGAGCAUUAUAAGAGAUUGGCAGAGGAAAAGAUGUGUUAUGCGGAGGAAUCAAUACAGAUUUUUGAAGAUAUUAUGUAUCAGAAAGAAAUGGAAAUUGCUUCUCUAGAUUAUCAAGUUCAGGCUUAUAAGUAUAAGCUACUAAGUCUUGGAUGUAAUGAUCCUGAAUCCGGGGAGCUGAAAUUCCCUGAGAACUUGCUCCAAAGGAAGGAGAAUUUGAUUGAGGAGACUAGUGCCCGAAAUAUUUCAAGGAGGAAUUCUGCUCCUCCGGUUCCUUUUAAGUUUUCGUAUUUUAAGAAUAAAGGUGUUACUGAAAGAGAGAGGUCUGAAAGUCCGGAGACUGACAUGAGUACACUACGCGUAGUGGAGGAGCACACAAGUGAAGAAGUUAGUGACCAGAAUUUGGGUUCUGAAAAGCAGUAUGGCGUUUCUGCUAUCGGUGACAAAAAUUCGUAUUGGGAACAAAUCAGACUGUUAGAUGAGCAAGUGAAUAAGAUAGCAGGAGAAGAGUACAGAAAGUUGAGGAGUCGUUCAAGGUCUCCUUCACUGAUUUCACAAGGCAGCAGUAGUAUCAUGUUUGGUGAUGCCAUGAAAGAAACCAUAACUAUUGAGGCAGAGGAAUUGACGCAUCCAAGUAAUUCACUUGUAUACGAAGGUACUAGGAAUUCCAGUUAUGUGUCUGUUCAUGAUGUUUUUGAAGUUCCACAAACAUCUGAGACCAUCAGCUGUGGUGAAUGCAAAGCUAAAGAUGAGGGGAAAAUGAUUUUGCAAGUUAGUGAGAAAUGUGGAGUUCCAGAACUCUAUGCAAACGAGGCCAUCAAACAAUGCAUCAAAGAUCAAGCUGACUCUUUGGGUGAAAUGCUUCUAGCUAAAAACUGCAAGCCUAUUGAAGUAUGUCAACCAUCUGAGGGGGUCUCUGUUGAUUGCCACUUGGCAUUAGUUCACCCUACUGUAGGUUAUUCUGAAACGCAGAAUGAAGUUCAAGAAUUUCAUAUGCCAUCUGAGAUAGUCGAGUUGACCCCAGCCUCAAGGCAAGAAUCUAACAAUAAUAGAGGGGAAGAUGAACUGAGGUUGUUAAGCUCAAUUCAGGAGCAACUAAACUCAAUUCAGAACGAGAUAAGAAGUUUGAAACCAAAGGAGUCGAAGAAAUGUUCUCUCCAGGAGGAUUUGUCUAUGGCUUCUUUACAGGAGGCGAUGCUACAUUUUUGGCUAUGAUCAAGCUAUACCAGUUCAUUAUCAGUCGCCAACAACAGUUAGGAGCUCCGAUAUACUGAAGGUUGUACUUUGCUUGUAAAGUUUGAAGUGUCCCAGUACAUAAGGAAUUCAAAGAAGAUACUGCUUGGUUUUUGAGUUUUUUGUUCUAAAGUUACCGUGUACAGAAAUGGCAAGCCUGUAGAUUAUUGACAUAGCAGUAUAGUCGAAAUUGUCAUCAAACUGCACUAAGGUUUUCUCUUAAUACUCUUUUCUGGGGAUUUUCUAGCGUGACAGCUGAUGAAUGUAUGAUUUUAUUGAUUUAGUAAGAAAAAACUUUGUGUGACA